AAUGAUAAACAAAUCUAAAAAUUUCAAAAAUUUAGAAUAUCUGCACAGACCUUAGUUCUUAGCUGUGAAAUAGUUAUAUCUCAAUUACCCUAUGACGUAUAGUUGACGUCAUAUAGUAAUAGAAUAAGUGUUCAUUAUAUCACAAAGUUUCGUGAUGCAUGAUGCAUAUGAAGCAAUUCCUAUAUUGGAGAGAUUACCUUUAGCAAUUGAAAGUAUUGCGUUUUACGGUCUCGAUGAUAAAGAAGAAGAGAGCAAUGCUCAAAUUCCAAAUUUUAAGAAACUACUCGUUGGAACGAAACCCGGACAUUUACUUGUUUAUAACGUAAGAGGGAAACCCGGUGGUUCCCCUUCCCACAUAGAAACACUAUUAGAGCGAACGAAUCGAUCGUUUUCGAAAAAACCAAUCCAGCAACUAUACGUGUCACCUGAGUUUAAAAUCAUCAUCAGUUUAUCUGAUGGUUUGGUAUCCGUACAUGAUAUUCAUACAUACCAACUUAUAACAAGCAUGCAGAGAGCUAAAGGUGCUUCCAUGUUCGCUGCAGAUUUAGAGGAGAAAGUAUCAUUACGAGGGGACGCAGCGUAUGCGUUGAGGUUAAGUGUUGCCGUGAAAAGGAAGUUACAAAUAUAUUUCUGGAAGAAUCAUGACUUUAUUCAGCUUCAUAAUGACAUCACAUUACCGGAACCCCCAAAAUCCAUGGCGUGGUGCAAAGAUUCAAUCUGUUUCGGGUUUAAACGAGAUUUUUACUUCGUGAAACUUGAUGGAAAUUCUUUGUUACAAGAAUUAUUUCCAACCGGCAAAUCAAUGGAACCAGUCAUCGGGAAAAUAGGAUCCGACCAACUUAUUUUAUUGAAGGAUGAGACAAGCGUGUUUAUCAAUAGCGAGGGGGAGGUUGUUAAUAAGAAUUCAUUCGUGUGGUCCGAUGUUCCUCUUGCUGUUGAAUCUGAAGAACCAUACGUACUUGGUAUUUUACCAAAAUACGUUGAGAUUCGGACCCUGCAUCCUAAACGACUUAUCCAAAGUAUUGAACUACAGAAACCUAGGAUGGUUACAUCAUGGAGACAAUGGACGUUCAUUGCAUCAACAACCCAUAUAUGGUCGUUAAGUAAAGUUCCCGUAGAAACACAAAUUGAACAACUUUUGCCGAAUAAAGAAUUUGAACUCGCAUUACAACUUGCUAAAUCUUGUACCGAGGGCCACAACGAGAAUCGUAUUCGUCACAUUCAGAAAUUACUCGCUUUCGAUCAAUUUUGUCGAUUUCAAUUCAACGAAGCUUUAAAGACUUUCGCAACCCUUAAUAUUGACACAUCACAAAUUAUCGGAUUAUUUCCGAACCUGUUACCUUCGGGCUACCAGAAGAAUUUAAAAUAUCCUGGGGAAGUCCCAGCUAUGAAACCGGAUGUCUUGGAUAAUGGGUUGCUUGUUCUUAUCGAGUAUUUAACACAGAAACGAAAUGAAACCGUAUCGAUUGUUACGCAACAAUUACCUGUUGUUUAUCCCAUGGUGGAAGGAAACUCUACGAUUAGUUCGAAACGACAACUUUUACAAAUCAUAGACACAACAUUACUCAAGUGUUAUUUGAAGACAAACGAUGCACUCGUAGCCCCUUUGUUGAGGUUACCCGACAACAAUUGUCACGUGGAAGAAGCAGAAAGAGUUUUAAAACAAUGGAAUAAACAACGAGAGUUGAUUGAACUUUACAGGAAGAAGGGAUUGCAUAGAAAAGCUUUGAACCUUCUGCUACAAGAAUCACAAAAAGUUAAGAAACCGGAAAAUCAAGAAAAUAUGAUCGAAUAUUUGCAACAUCUUGGUCAGAAACAUCUGGAUCUAAUUUUCCAUUUUUCUCCGGGAAUUUUGAAACAAAAUCCGAUAGAAGGACUAAAGAUAUUUACUGCGGAUCUAGCUGAAGUAGAAAGUUUGCCGAGGAAAAAAGUUUUGGAUUUUCUUUACGGGGUUUCCAAGAAAUUGGUGCUCGCUUAUUUGGAGCACGUGGUAUACGAAUGCAAUGAUGAAACACCAGAGUUCCACAACAGACUCGCUACUUCAUACAAGGAUUGUGUGUUGGAAUUAAUGGAGGAAUAUUUCAAGUCCAAUAAUGAAGUGGAGCAAUUAUCAUUGGACAAAGGUCCGGUUGAACUUCAAGAAACACGGAACAAAUUGUUAUCUUUCCUUGAAAUAUCUUCGCAUUAUGAAGCGGGGAGGAUUCUUCAUGAAUUUCCAAACAACAAGCUAACAGAGGAGCGAGCCAUAUUACUUGGUAGGUUGGGAAGAUAUGAACAAGCGCUUGCGUUGUACGCACACACACUCAAGGAUCCUCUUAAGGCUGAGGAAUAUUGCCAUAAAGUUUAUGACCAAGAUCCUACAGCUAAUAAGGAUAUUUUCAUUCAUUUACUUAAAAUGUAUCUUCAACCAAAAUCUACAACUGACAAACAAUUCCAAUUCACCCCGACUAUGAAUCUACAUGCAGCAUUACGUGUUAUGUACGAACAUUCAAAUAAAAUGGAACCUGCAAAAGCAUUAGAGUUACUACCUGAUGAUGUCAUCGUAUCAAAUAUUCAAGUUUUUAUCAAAAAAGUUUUGGAAAACCAGACGGAGAAAAAACAUAAAGCACAGGUUCUUAAUUCUCUCAUGGUGUCUGAGAGUCACCAGGUCCACGAGCAAAGAAUAUUCCACGAAAGCAACAAAUGUGUGAUAACUGAGGAUCGCGCAUGUCGUGUUUGUCGGAAGAAAAUUGGUGUCAGCGCAUUUGCGAGGUUUCCGAACGAUGUCGUACUUCAUUAUUUCUGUUGCAAAGACAAAAAUAUUCAACCUAUUGUUUCUUGAGAUAUAACGAUUGUGGCAUUUUUAAUUACUGUGCAAUACCUGAUUUAUAUGUAUAUGUAUCUAUGAGUAUUGCUGUUGAUUGCUAAUAUGAGAGUUAUUUAUUUAUGUUCAAUUGAAUGAAUGAUGGCAAGUUAUUAUCUUGUAUGGCGGGACACUGUCAGUCG